AACACUAACAUCAUCUUUGCUAAUAUAUUCAAAUUUGCAGAAAUAGAAUCGUUUACUGUUGCUGAUCUUCCUUCUAACAUGACAGUAUAUCCUCAGGAAUUCAAACUGAAUUGUGCCAAAAUUGGACACUUUAUUUAUGGUAUUAGUAUGAGAAUUGGUAGUACUGCACUGGCUAAUUACACUAAUUGUAAUGAUCAAUAUAGUAAUUGUCCUGGUACAUUGUUUGUUAGCAUUACCAUCAAAAUAAGAUAUACUGUUAAUAUCACAUGGAAUGGAAUGGCUGUCAGUAGUGGAUCAAUCAGUCAAUCAACCACUGGAGAUCAAAUGUAUCAGUGUGCACUCAAUAAUCCUAGUGGUGCUGAUAGAACACGAACUUUAACAAUAAAUGUUCCAGACACUGCUCCCUCUUCUCUUACUGAAGUACUGCUACUGCACUUUUUAAUGUACUUGUAA